AUGUGGAGUAAUAGCUAUAAUCAAAGACAGCAGAUGCCAGACGAAUCCAAGCGCGUGCGUGUCGUAGAGCGACCAGAGAAGACAACGAUUAAGGUCUUUGAAAACAAGCCCGUCAUUUCUGUUGCGAAAGUGGCGGCCCUCAUCGUCUACCUGCAGCUGUCCACCAACACGCGGGAGGUCCCUUUCACCGAUGACCAGUGCGACGCGUUGGCAACAGAGAUCGGAGCCUUCGGCCGAAAGCUGACGUACGACUACCCCCUGUGCAAGCUGGUUGUGAAGGAGCGCUGCUGGGUCAAAAUCGGGACCUCGCUGCCAAGUCGUGCAAUAAGUCCGUGCCGAGGCUUCGUGGAGCUGGCCCUGGAGAUUCCGGAGAUUGUUGCAAUGCGUUUGGCGCAGAUUUCCUACGGUUGUGCCAAGAAAAUGAUGGGUUUCGAAGCCAAUCUAGAAGCCUUGCGGUUGUGGGCCAAAAGGUACCUUGACAGGAAUGACAAGGUGCGAUGGAUGUUGGCGCCAAUGCUGUGGAUGGCAGCCAGGACGAGGCAGCUGGCUGUCACCCUGGACAAAGCAGAGGAUCCUUCCAGGUACCGCAACAAACUGGUGGAGGAGUUGCGAACCCUCUUCACCAAGCUGCACCAGGACAGAGCCAGGAGGGAAGGGGCCUUGGUUAUGUGCUGCGAGCUCCUGAGAUUGUACAGGAACCUUGGACAGGCAUCACAGUGCCCGUUCGUUCUCACAUCUGUGGGUAAUAUUCUGCGAGAGGAUAAGUUUGAUCCGAGCAGGAUCCCGAAGUCCAUGCUUGUGACACUGUACUUCCUUUGGGGAAAGCACCUCGUGCUGGAAGGCAAAAUCAUUGAGGCAGAGGAGAAGCUGUCAAGUGCCUUGACGCUGUGUCCUCCGAAGGCUGCCGGCAACCGACAGCGGAUUUUAGCAUACUUGAUUCCCUGUCGACUUCGGCUGGGUCGGUAUCCAGCACGAGGAGUUCUGGAGCGGAACGGGCUUGAAAGUUUGGCUGGGCUGGUGGUGGCUACAGCUGCUGGCAACGUGCGCCGGUUCAAUGAGGAGCUUGUUCGGCAGGAAGCAGACCUCAUUACUCUGGGCACCUAUCUUGUGAUUGAGAAGCUCAAGGUAGUGGCUUAUCGGAAUUUGACCAGACACGUGUUUGAUCAUCAAAGCGAAAAGCUUGAGCCAGCUCAGAGGGUCAAGCAGGACUUUGCGCCCUACGAGCGUGCUUUCCGAUGGCAGGAUCCCAGAUGCCUAAGGGAGCCCCAAAUAGCAAGUACGGCGGGCUAA